CUCAAGUCAGUUGCCCCCAUGGACAAAAAGCGCUAGUAGCGUUCGCUUUCCCCCUUUAUUUGAUACGUAGUUUCUGGUUCUGCUUUUUCUGUCGUACUAAUUUGCUAUCCCUAUUUCGACUUCCUAGUACCCCCUUCAAGUAAGCUUACUUAAUUCGUUCGUUGAAGCCUACUUGAGGCGUUUCGUACUAUCUGAAUAUUUUUAAACCUCCUUAUAUCCCGCGUGAGUCAGUCUCACCCUGCUGACUCCAUUUUCAUUAAGAGCUUCCACUACUACUAAUCGUUUCCAUAUUGAAACAAACGCCACCUCCCCCCGACGAGCACGACACACAAUGUCAUCCCUUGGGCGCAGUGGCGCGAUCAAUGUGUACGACACGCUGGAUAAUUCCAAGGCCCGCGAGCGAUUUUCUCUGCGGAGCCCAGGAACGACUACGGACGCUGGCACUUCUCUGAACAAAUCUUCCACUCCCAGCACCGCGGCGUUCUCCACCUCCACCACCAGUACGCCGGAGCAGAACUGGAGCUUUCUGAACAGCAACAAUCCCAGCAGCAGCAGCUCGCAGCGGCGCCCCAGAAGCCGCAAUAUCGACAGGAAAGAUGGCUCAUCUGGAGGAACAAGUGAAAGCGCCGCCAAUAUUAAGCCGCGAACCCUCCUCGAAGAGCUGCGGGAGUCGGAUUUGUUUCAGAUCGACGAGGCGCUGCAGAAGGGGACUAGUGCAUCAUCGAACGUGCGAAACCCGUUUUUCGCCGACGACUCAUCGCCGAAAAAUGCGAGCAACAAGCCGAUUUUUCUGAUGUCGGAGAAGGAACAGGAGCUGUACCAACAGAAAAAUCAACCACCGCCCGCCGGGAUCGGGAACCGAAAGAAACGGGCAACGAACAGCAAUUCCAUGUUUGACACCGGAAACAUCGACUACAUGAACGACGAGAAUUGGGUGGACGACGCAAAAAACGCGCAGGCCCGGGCGAUCCAGAGCGGACUACUCUUCCGGGACUACGGGAGACUGCUUUUGGCCGACAUAUGGUUCGACCUACCGAACUCCAACCGCGGGAAGUUGACGUCGGGGUUAUCCGGAAGUGACAAUCCGAACAAAAUCCGGUGUUUGAUCGAUUCCGGGUCGCAAACGUCGGCCUUGUCCAGAACGGUAGUGGAUAGGCUGAAACUGUGGCCAAUCGUAGACAGGUCUUUCGCGAGGUCACUGGGCGGCAUCGCCGGCUCGGUGACGAACGGAAGUUACGGGAGAUUGCACUACACGCGACUACUGCUGCCAACCUCUGCCGGGGGCGGCGCGAAAGAGAAAUUCGACUGCGCGUGGGAGGUGUUGGACCUGCCCGGGUAUGACGGGAACGUUUUCGAGGGGAUUCUGGGCUUGGACUUUUUGAUGAAGGGCGUCAUAGACCUGAAUCGCAUGCAUCUGGAAAUCGUGAACCCCAAAACCAACGCACGAGCACAGCUGCCGCUGAUUUCGCAGAAGGACGGGGGGUGA